CACACUGAUCGCAUUCGCCCAGACACAAAACUUCGGUCACUCUGAUCGCGUAGAAAAUAAAAUAAUUUGCAAAUCGCAGAGUUUAUUUAAACCAAAAACAACAACAAAACAGACGCGGCCACAAAUUCCGCUGCUGUCCGGAAACGUCUACUGUUCUUCUCAUUCUUCGCGAGCGGGGGUGGCUGAAAAUACGGGGAAAAUGAGACCGCUUUGAAGUGGAAUUCCGAGACGAUUGCCGCACGACGACGUCAUCGCCAGUCACAAACACACACGCGCCGAGACACCGACACAACGACACAACCACACUAAAGGUGCUCACAGAGAAUUCGUUGAGAUUGUUGUAAAUUAUGAAAGCAAUUUAUCAACUGAACCCCGAGCUGGAAACUGGAAAUCGAAGGAAAAGCGAUAAAAGCGAAGGAAGAGGAACGGCGACUUGAGCUACGGAAGCGAGAGAGCGGGAGAGACGAACGCGCCUCGAUCCGCAGCAGAUACACAAAGAGAGCGAGAGAGAGUGGGCCCAUGUACUUGUUGCUGGAUAGUUGACCUUUGGGAGCGCCAUAAUUUGAAUCUCGAGUGUUUCUCUGUAGAGCAGUAUGGACACCCGUGUCGAGCUGGAGCUCCAGCCGGUUGGCAAGGAGGAGGAGAAGCAGCAGCAGCAGCAGCAGCAGGAUGACACAAAGCCCCAGAAAACACCAGAGGCUGAGGAAUACCAGCUGCAGCGAAAAAGCCUUCUUACGCCCGUUAAGAUCAUUCCCCAAGAUUCCUCAAAGGAGUCACCAACUGGCAACUCCAUUCAGGAGCUGGAGGGCACGCCGCGGACGCCCAGAACGCCGCCCCCGAUGAACAUGCAGCCGGGCACAUCCCGCCAGCUAUUCAGGGACGCUGCUCUGGCCCACGGCGGCCAGGAGUCCACGGCGCUGCUGCAGCACGAGCUGAACAAUAUCGCUGCCACCCAGACACCGGUCUCCAGGCUUCGUAGUGCCAGCUCCACGCUGGAUGCCAGUAUUUCGCGAAACCCCUCCACCACCGGGGGCAAGCAUGAGAAAAAGAUCGGCCACCGGCGAGUGGCCGAGGGAGGUGAGGUAACCUACAAGAAGAUCCAGUCCAAGCAGAUAAUGGGCUCCAUACAGCUGGGCAUCCAGCACACGGUGGGCAGUCUGGCCAGCAAGCCAAAGAGGGAUCUGCUGAUGAACGACUUCUGGGAAAUGGAGACCAUAUCGUUUCCGCCAGAUGGUUCCUCCAUCACGCCAGCUCACCACUACAGCGACUUCCGGUUCAAGGUGUACGCACCCAUUGCCUUUCGCUACUUCCGGGAUCUGUUUGGAAUCGCACCCGACGACUUCCUCAUGUCCAUGUGUGCCUCGCCGCUGCGAGAGCUCUCCAAUCCGGGGGCUUCUGGCUCUAUAUUUUACCUGACGGACGACGACGAGUUCAUCAUCAAGACGGUGCAGAAAAAGGAGUGCGAGUUCCUGCAGAAACUGCUGCCCGGCUAUUACAUGAACCUCUCGCAGAAUCCCCGAACCCUGCUGCCCAAGUUCUUUGGACUCUAUUGCUUCCAUUACAACUCAAAGAACGUGCGACUGGUGGCCAUGAACAACCUGCUGCCCUCGGACAUCAAGAUGCACGCCAAGUACGAUUUGAAGGGCUCGUCCUUCCGCCGCAAGGCCUCCAAGGCGGAGCGCCAGAAGGCGAGUCCCACAUUCAAGGACCUCGACUUUGCCGAGCACCAUCCGAACGGCAUUUUCCUGGAGACGGACAAGUACAAUGCACUGAUGCGCACCAUUCAGCGGGACUGCAUGGUUCUGGAAAGCUUUCAGAUCAUGGACUACUCGCUGCUGGUGGGCAUUCACAAUUUGGACCUGGCCGCCAAGGAGAAGAGGGAGGAGCGCAUCCUAAACGCACGGGCUAAGCUGCAGCGGAAGGAAAGCGCCGCCCAGGGUCCAUCAUCCCUGAACCCCGAUGACGACGCCCCGGAGGCGGAUCAAAAUCAACUCCAUACGGUGGCCUCGUACGCCUCCAUUCCGGGCACUUCUGCUGGAACGGGAGGAGCCGCCUUGAAUCGCACUCGCAGUAUGAAUCGUCAGCGUUUGGUGGCUCAUUCCACAGCUCUAGAAUCGAUUACAGCCGACAUGGAUAUGCCUCUGGAGGAGGACGAGGAUGUGCCCUCGGGCGGUAUACCCGCGCGAUCGGAAAAUGACGAAAGGUUGAUCCUUUACAUUGGCAUUAUCGACAUCCUGCAGUCAUAUCGCUUGGAGAAGAAGCUGGAGCACACCUUCAAGAGCAUCCUGUACAACGGGGACACGGUGUCCGUGUGCCGUCCCUCGUUCUAUGCCAAACGCUUCCAAGACGCCAUGGCCAAGCAGGUGUUCAAGAAGACGCCCACAUUUCCACUGAAACAUUCCCCCUCCAAGCGCAAAACGUCAGCAACGCAACUGAUGCGCUCACCAGCCUCGCGUCUGCCCUCCCUGAACACACCGACCGGUGGUGGACGGCAACCGGUCCUGACCAUGCUCUCCGGUAUGUCAACACCGCCGCCGGCCUUCGACGACAUCUCCGAGGAGGACAUAACCGCAGCCUCCACCACGACGCUGCAGCGUCAGCAAAAGCAAAACGGCAACAGCCAAUCGAACAACAACAUCCAGGGCGAGAUGGAAGGAGCCCCAGCAGGUGGUAGCAGCACGACGGGCGGCAGCGGGGAGCCGCCCAGCAGCACCUAUCACACCCAGUACUCCUACGAUAGCUCCGUACGGACGGGCAGCGCCCUGACCAGCGACUUUAGCGACGAUGAGUCGACGGGGACCGGAUUGAGUGGCUCCCGUUCGCCGCUGAAUCGCGCCCACCAUAGCGUCCAGGUGACGACGGGCUAUGUGGAGCAGAUACUCGCUCAGCCGGAGGGCGAGGCGGAGCAGGUGCAUGCAGAUGUCAACGGCAAGGUCACGUUGACGACCACCACGAUGACGACCACAAAAACGGCUCACAUUCAGGGGCCCAGCUACACGUCCACGCUCGUGCUCAACGACCUGCCGCGUUGAGACUGGAAGCGGGACUGGCAUUGGGUGUACAUGGGAUGCAUAUAUGUAAAGCCGCCGGGUAUGUGGGCUUGUAAGGUGUAAUGGCCACUCUCCCAUCACGAAAAAAAAAAAUACUGAAAACGAGCUCGUUUAUCUUGAUUAAACACAAAAACCAAAAACGAAUACGUAUUCGAUAUUAAAAUUUAUGUGGCGCCUGUGCUAAUUGACUGCCAACCAGCCACGCCCCCCACACCAACACACACAUACAGCCUAGGAAAAUUUAUAAAUAUUAUUUGGCUUCAUGUUUUUUGGUUGUUCUUUUUGUUUUUUUGUGUCUGUGUGUGUGGCCUUAACUGAAGUUUGUUUUAAAUUACGAAAUCAUUGUGAACGGGAAUCGAACUACUUGGACGAAAUUGAGAUGGUCGGGGAGAAAAAGACGAGGAGAGAACUCAGUUAUUGUCUUUAUAUAUAUAAAUGUAUGUUGCUGUAUUAUAAAGUGCGUUUACGUAUUCUAAGAUGCUCAUGUAAAUAAACGAAAUGAUAAAUAAAUAUACGUAUAUACAUUUUA